UCAGGCGGCGUUAGUGAGGACAGUGAAAUGGCGGCGCAGGGAGGAGUCGCGUUCCAGGAGAAGGUCAGCAGGCUGCUCAGCAAACACAACGGGAGACCAGUGCUGAAACCCAACAGGACUCUGGCUCUCAGAGACUCUGUGGCCAACCGCAAACAGAAGAAAGGAGGCUCAUGUUGGAAGCAGCACACCUUUGCAGACGAACCAUGCUCUUAUGAGAUGAAAUCCUUCUUCACUUGUGUGGAGAAGGCUCAGGCUGCUAUGAAGAAUAAAACUGACCAGACCAGCAUGAAGGGAGAACGUCUGCCCCCAAAAGUAGCCAUAACCCUGCUGAAGAGAUACCCUAACCUACACACUGAGAUCUAGGAAACAAACCUCUUAAUGAAUCACUGAUACAGACUUGAAAUGUGCAGGUUAAAAAAACACCAUUGGACUGAGCCCUGGAACUGGAGUUCAUCAUGUUACGUUAUGUUGUUAAUGACUGUAUGAUUCAACACCAUAUACAUUUAUUAAAUAAAUAAAGCAAGGAGCAGAACACUGAAAGAGAUUUCAGCACAAACACUCCUUCCAAAGGUUAUUCACUCAUUUCAUAUUGUCGCUGUAAUGGUGCAGCCUUUGUAUUCACAACACGCUGCGUUUUAUGGUUUGAAAUAUAAUGUGACUUUCUCCUCGUGUCCUGAAUUGGCUCUGAUGAAAAUUACGCCAUUUCGUCUCAAUCCAAUUUCCUAGAGUGGGCUUAUUCAGUGCUGGGAUGUCAUUAGUGGACACGAUGGAAUUAUUCUUCUUGGGUUUCAUGGCUCCUGGCCGGCAGCUUACUCUUAUCACCGAACACUUAAAUGCCUUGUCAUUCCUGUAGAGGCUGAUGCUGAAAUGAAAUCAGCCAGUCAGACAGAUAGGGUUACAUAGGUUACCAGUAAGCAAGGCUCAGUGGUUGAUAUGGAUAUUCCUGAAUGGAUUUAAACUGUUUUUCUUUAUCGAGUCUUUUAUCUGUCUUAUUAUUCAUAAUUAAAUCUGUGGCAACAUUU